AUGGACCAAGGGAUACCUGCGUUGAAUGAUUUUUCAAAAGCUUUGCAUGCUCUUGAGCGUCUUGCUGCAGAUCCAUCCCUCUCCUCCAAAGAGAUUAUUUUUCCUUUUAAAUGUUGCCCAUUCUCAGAAAAAUUCCUGGAUCCGCCGCUGUAUGAAAUGGCGGCGGAUCUUCCUUGCAAUGGAGAACUAGGGUGGAAAGGAGAAGAUAAGAGUAGUAAUAGGAAGUAG